UGGAUCAGCACUCUAUUUUAAAUGGCAUUGUUCUGAUGGACAUCAAGCACAGCAGUGGUGCUCACAGCCUGUCCUAAACAGAGGAAUGCAUUUAGGGGAUUUGAUGCUCUCCUCUUCAAUUUUACUUUCUGGAGGCAAUUAUCAGAAGGUGUCAAUGAUGGCGAAAAUCCUGAAGUUACCGAUUGUGAGCAAAAACUCAUUUUACAAAAUUCAAAGGACAUACUUGAUUCCAGCAGUGGAUGAAUUUUGGACGGAACAUCACGACACUGUUUCUAACCAGUUUCAAGGAAGAGAUAUAACAAUACUUGGAGAUGGCAGAAUGGAUAGCCCCGGUCACACUGCUCAAUAUUGCUCCUAUACUUUCAUGGAGUAUGACACCAAGACCAUUCUGUACAUAAUUACUAUGGACAAGCGGGUGACAGAGAAAAAAAGCACGAAUCUCGAGAAGGCUUGCUUUGUCCAGGGCUUGAGAUAUCUUCUGGGCAAGGGACUUCAUAUUGUUGAAGUUGUUACAGAUGCUCAUGUGCAAGUUGCCUCCGUAAACAAAAAAGACUUCCCAGACAUAAGACAUUCUUUUGAUAUUUGGCUUGAGACGAAAAACUUAGCAAGAAAUCAUCAAGGUAACUUUAAAUUAAGUCAGCAGAAAAACCAAAAAGAUAUACUAUCAUGGACAAAAGAUGUCAACCAUUACUGGUACACAGCUACCAUCUCAAACACAAAGGAGGAGUUUAUUGGAAAAUGGAUAGGAAUCCUCCACCACACAGUUAAUGUACACACUUGGGUUUUGCCCUAUAGUGAUAUUAACGAAUGCAACCAUGCACCACUGACUGAAGAACCUACAAAGGGAUGGUUAGAAAAGGAUUCUCCAGCUCAUGUGGCCUUGAGGGAGAUUGUGUUAGAUAAGCGUCUCCAGAACAAUGUGACCUACUAUCUUAACUGCAGGAGCACAGCAGAACUUGAGAAUUUUCAGAAUGUAUAUCCCUUCCCGAAUCUGAGGAGGAUGAGGAUUCUGGGGAGGAAGAAGUUUGUCUCGAUAAAUUGA